GAGCUUUGAUACUCGUCGCCGCACGGUUUCUUUUGUUUUGACGCGCUUUGACAUCGCACCUUCUCAGCCCCAUAUCAUCACCUUCCUCAUGGUUAAACGCCUUGCGGUCCCGCAACAUCGCAGCAAAACCCAAUCGCUCAUGGCCAACUUGCAUAUCACGAGUCUGUAACACCAACCAAGCUAGUGUCCCGGAUACUGUGUCCAAGCAUAUGCUUGCAGUGUCGCAAACAGACAGUCUGUCCUACGGUCUCGCAAGACGCUCUUCCGCCUCAGAAUAUUCACGCCCAACGCACAAGGAGCUGCUCACCUUGGUCCACGUCUGACAGACCCCCCUCAUUCUCCUCAAAGCCUACGGACCCCGCCCUGAACGGCCACACAGGUGAAUGAUGCGCCAAUUAUAAUGAACUCUUACCUUCAAAGAAGUAUUACAUGACGAAUUCGGAACAAGGCGAGUAUGAAAGCGACGACAGCGGCAUGGGAGAAUGGGGCAAUGAACGUGUUGCAGAUCGUUCAGGGAGGGCCCAAAAAGCAGCUAUAACAGAUAGGCGUUUUCCAGCUGAUGCCACAAACUAUCGGCUUACCGAGCCUUCGGCAUCGUUUACAUCAACUGCCAUGGCGUCGUCGAUGCGACCUAAGGUUGGCGUACCUGGCAAAGGGAAUACCCAAACUGGGGGAGAGCUCGACUUCACCAACGGCUCGGACGCGGCUCUGGGCACGUUGGCAUGUGAACAUAUCUCUGCGUUAGACUACAGCAUUGCAAGCACCGUUGCAACGUCAUUGUCAGUCGAAAGAGGUAGCCUCGUGACAGAAAGUGAGCAGAGUGAGGAGUGUUCGCCGGAUAAAAGAUUAAUCCCGCCAUGCACAAGCGAGGAAGAUCGCGCUGCCCUUCUUCAUGCCACCUUCCUUCCCCCUGUAACCAAAGGGUCUCUUGAAGAGUUGGAUCUUGACUGGAUUCAGUCAAACAUAAACCUUCGAGUCGACCUAAACUAUGAUCACGACCUCCACUUUACACCAGUGUCUGGUCACAAAGGCAGACAGAAGAAAGAAGAAGCGGUGGAAUAUUGGUUGAGCCUUGCGGCUGAGUUGAGGAUAGCAUAUCAACACGGAACACUCGAUGACUGCGCAAGCUGCCCGAAAGCUUCUCCUCCUUCAACGCCACCAUACUUCACUCCAAGGCUGUCCCAAAUGUUCCUCAGUCUGCAAGAUCUCCUCUUGACAUUGGUCCCAGACCACGAUCGAGAGCAAGUCAACCAAUACUUUGACAUCGAAUUGCUCCUACAGGAAGUAUCUCACGGGCUGUUGGACGUCAUUCGACUUGCACAAUGGCUUUGCGGGCUCCUCACCACACACUGCGCCCCAAUGAGGGAUGAACUCGCGCAAGAGAUGGCGGAGCAGAUACAAGAAGGCGCCGAGAAAGGAGAUCUGCAAACCCUUGUACAAGGAAUCGAGAAGCUAUUUGCCUUCCUUGAAGCUAUGAAGCUUGAUGUUGCCAACCAUCAGAUCCGAAGCUUUCGCUAUCAUCUGAUUGAAGAUACAGUGGCAUUUCAGCAAGACUACUUUCACACUCGUCUUUGGGGGGGAAAGGUGAAUGCAAAUGCCUCAAAGCAGUGGUACGAAGAGGCAGUUCGAAAGCACCACGAGUGCAGUAUAUCAAUUACGAUUCGCAACACACCAGCUCACAGCGCUUUGAUUCAUGGACUCGUCGAGCUCUGCUGCUCACCGAGCUCAGUCAUACCAGAGACAUUGAAACAUGACCAGGCUCGGCUGCAGACCAUACGCAAUGAAAUUCAGGACGUAGUGCACCUGGUCAUAUCCCUGACGGUGUUUGAUCACUUUGUCCAGCACAUUCUUGGUGGUCAAAGGCCGGUGUCGACCGUGCAAACCCAGAUUCGCCAGACGCGUAAGCUUCUGGAAAGUCGAAUCAUGGACCUCACGGACGGCACCAUGGCACGCAACAAGAGCAUCACGGAGGUGUGGAGUCAGAAUCAUCGAGCCAUCGCCCUCGAGCUUACUCGUGCUGCCUGGGUUGCCUGCGGUCGGAAUCCUGCAUUGCUGGUCCAUGCAGAGGUUGACAGUAAAGCGAUAGAGCUAUCGAACAGUUUUCGUUCACAUGGUCCAACAACGGCCAGAGUACUACGCAAAGUCCUCGAGAAGGCGACACACGACCAUGCUAAGAGGUUUCACAAGAUGACAACAUUAGCGAUAUCGGAAGACCAAAGACAAUGGCAUCAAGUUCGGCAACAAAGACAACAAGGGCGCAACCGUCCCGGGAUCGAGGAGCCGGCAAGGAUGUUGGCCCAUGUCGCAGUGGUGCAUUGGAGGGUUUGGGCGGACUUGGUUUAUCUGGCGCAAUAGGGUGCUUGAUUGAGCGACGGCGAAAAGGACAGCAUUCAACAGGAGUUUGGUCAUGAGGGUUAAAUUGUAAAACUAGGUGACAGCAUCGAAGAUACCCUUUGUUUUUGGCGAACACAAAAGGGGCCCGUUGGCAGGAAUAUGGGCAUGGUUCAGGAGUUAUGUAGCAACUGUUCUUUCAUUGUACCCUUAGCCUAUAGCACUUAUUAAUGCAAUGCCUCUGAUGAGGUCACUCA